AUGGAGGUCAACAUCGGCUUCAUUGGACUGGGAGCUAUUGGGUACCCAAUGGCUGCAGCCAUUCGUCGUGGUCUCUCCAAAUCAUCGUCCAUGCAUAUUCUUGAUGUGCACAAGCCCACAUGCCAAAGCUUUUACGACGAAUUCAUCGUUAUGGGGCCCGUCAAGUGCCAUGAGUCUCCAAAACGCCUAGCAGCCGAGGCUGACAUAGUCAUCUCAAUGGUACCGGGACCUAAAGAGGUUUUGCAGGUGUAUCUGGACCCCGAAGACGGUAUCAUAUCCGCCACAAAGAAUAAAAAUAGGCUUCUCCUGGAGUGCAGCACUAUCGAUGUUACGACGGCAAGAGAUACUGCCCGUCAAAUCAAAGAGGCAGGCCGAGGUAUAUAUGUGGAUGCACCAGUUUCCGGCGGAGUUCCAGCCGCUGAGAAGGCCAAUCUUUCGUUCAUGAUUGGUCAUCCGAAACCAGCUUCUGAUGGUGAUGUAGGCCAUCGCAUCCAUUAUGUUGUAAAUUUGAUGGGUGACUCCCAAAAGUUGUUCUGGUGCGGAACCAUUGGCUCUGGGCUAGCUGCCAAGAUCAGCAAUAAUUACAUCUCGUGUUCGGUCUUGUUAUUGGUUGCAGAAGCCAUGGCCAUCGGUGUAAAAUCCGGAGUCGAUCCGAAGAUGCUGCACCAGAUCAUCCACAAUUCCACAGGACAGACGUUCAUGGGAGACAAUGUUUGCCCUGUACCCGACGUGGUACCACAUGCACCCAGCAGUAACAACUGGAGACUAGGUUUUAAAACGCAGAUGUUCCUGAAGGACCUGUCUUUGGGCAUAGAAGCAGCCAAGAAGCUGGAUCUGGAGCCCGCCAUGGCGAAAGCGGCCUAUGAAGUUUACAAGAAAGCAUCUGAGGACCCUCGAUGCAUCGACCGAGAUGGAUCAUCCGUAUACCUCCAUAUAACCGACACAGAGGAGACGAGUGAGGGGGAGAAAGCCAACACGUCGAGGUGA